AUGAGAUAUAUUGAAAAACAUACACUUCAUGCUUGUGUUCUUGUUUCUGCUUGCGUAACUGAUAUGGGUGAUGAAAAUGAAAGAAAGAGUGGAUAUUACAAUAGAGAAUGGAAUUGGGAAUUAAUGAAAAGAAAUUGUCCAAUUAUUGUUCAAUUUGGAUCUGAGGAUGAUCAUUUAGUUGAUUUUGAAAGUGAACAAAAAGUUGUUUUUGAAAAGCUUGGAUCCAUUCCAUAUAUUUUCCAGGAUAAGAAUCACUUUUUAUCCUACCAAGUGGAUCAUUCCAUUGUUCAAGCUAUUCAAAAUGAUAUCAUUAAAAAAUUGUAA